GCUGAUGUCGAAGUUCGAACAGGUUCGACGGUCAAGUUUAUCAAGAGUUUAAAGCUGUGUGACUCCAUUUUUUCCCUCGAUACUAACGAAUAUAAAAUCAGGCAUCAAACUGCGAUACGGAUACUGCAAGUUCAACAGCCAGUGAAAGUGAAACUUCAUAUAAUUUUCUUUUUUAUCUUAAUCCGUGUUCCUCAGUUUCCUGUACAAGUGACGGAGGAGGAAAAUCUGGGCCAGGUCCAGUACAUCACAGAGGAGGAAAUUCUCGCCAACAGGUUCCGUUGCCAAAUCCCUUGCGAAUUUCCCCUCUUCUUUCUAGCGGCGUAGAAGACAAACUGGUCUAUGGAGCCUUUCCUUCUUUACAUAAACGUUCUUUGCUAUAGCAGCCAACGACUUCAUAUAACAGGUAGACGGCUCACCCACAGAGAAUUCGUCUGCUAGGGUGUCUCCAACAUAUACCACGUGACUAAUGCUCUUGGCGCUCUUGGGGAGUGAUAGCUUAGGCUGUUCAUCGCCAGUUGGCCCGCUUUUGAUAUGGCAGAGGCUAAAGAUGACCCUUUGGAGACAAUUCGUGUGUCUGCUGCCGAAACAAAAGUUACAGUCACUGGAUUAAACCCCGGAACUACAUACGUGUUUCGAGUACAUUCUGAAAACGCUUUGGGAAGGAGUGGACCCAGCCAAGAGCUUAUUGUAACAACUGAGGAAGAAGCGCCAACGAAUGCACCUCAAGACGUACGUGUGAUUCCAUUGAGUUCAACAAUGAUAAAGGUGACAUGGAAGGCACCACCAGCAACAAAUAAUGGAUUUAUUCUAGGCUAUUAUGUUGGAUAUAGAGACCUGACAACGAACGACCCAUACGUGUAUAAGACUGUCGAUUUAUCAAAACUUCAAAAAGUGAAUGAAGCUUUAAUAUCUGAUUUAAGGAGGAAUACCAAAUAUGCAAUAACCGUGCAAGGUUACAAUAGUAAAGGAGCAGGUCCUGCAUCCAAGGACGUUAUUGUUCAAACACUACAACAUGAUCCUCCCAAAUCUCCUGUAUUGAAAAUUGUCAACAAAUCCGAAUUUUCAAUUGAAUUGGAAUGGACUGUGUCUGAUAUGUCGCCAAUUACAG